AUGGCGGCCUCAGUAUCAACACAUCGUAAAGGCAUCAUUGGCUCACCUGAGUCCUCAUCAUUCUGGCUCUAUGACUCGGUCGCUGGCUUUGAUCUGACACACCCACCUACCCCAACCACUGCUUCGGAGGAUCCUAGUGUCACUAUCAAAACUGACACCCAGCCUGUGAAAAUCUCCACCAAGAAGUCUGCUCUGGUUGUGAUUGACAUGCAGAACUUCUUCCUCUCACCAUCUUUGGGACGUCCGACUACAUCCAAAGGUUUACAGGCUCAGGCUCAACUCCUCCAGUAUGCCAUUCCUGCUGCUCGAAAGGCUGGCAUUCGUAUCAUUUGGUUGAACUGGGGUCUCACCGAUGAAGAAGUGACACAAAUGCCACCGUCAACCUUGCGUGCCUUUGGUUUCGAGACAGUUCCCGCCAACGAGUUUGAGACGUGGAAGAAUGUGAAAGCCAAGCAAGCGGCCAUCGAUUCUCACGGCGUCAAUCAAGGGUGUGAGAAUAUCUCACUUGAGAUAGAUCCUAAGAUUGAGACUUCAGGAAAGAACCCAAGGAUCUACAAAGGUUUGGGUUCAGACAUUGGAGAUGUUAUGGACGAGUCUGGGAAAAUCGUCAAAGGUGGAAGAUUGUUGAUGAGAGACACCUGGAAUGCUGACCUGACUCCUGAACUGAGGGCUGCGUAUGAAGAAGGUAUGAAUGCCCCAGUCCCAGACGUGUGGAUUCAUAAGAAUCGUAUGUCUGGAAUGUGGGGUUCCGGUACCAACUGUACCGAUUUUCUGGACAAGGAGGGUAUCAAGACACUUCUAUUUGCUGGUGUCAAUACGGAUCAGUGCGUCGGCGGAACGCUACAAGACGCAUUCAGCAAAGGCUUUGACAUUUUGCUGCUGUCCGAUGGAUGUGGAACUACGAGUCCUGACAGCAGUCAGGAUUGCAUCGAAUUCAACUCGGCCAAAACCUGGGGUUUCUGUACUUCUUGCAAGGAUUUCGCUGUAGGUGUGGGAAUUUAA